AUGCUUGCCGUCAUCUUGCUGCUUUGCGCCUCGGGAGUGCGCGCCAUGCGCGCGACAGAAGACGACUUGGAUUCCGAUUUGGUCGACGCUGGAAUCGAUAUUGUACCUUGGGCAACACUCGAUAAGAAGCAGCGGGACGACUUGCUGCAGGCUGGCUUCAAGAACAACGCCUGCUACUGCAAGAAGGUGAAGUCGGAUGCAGAAUGCCCGAGUGAGGAGGAAGGUGACCCGCGAUGGUAUCACGAAGUGAAAGGCGAAGAGACCAACCUUUGCUGCAAAAUUGCGAACACCGGCUUCUUCACCUACGUCGGAUGGUCCUACACGAAGAUGGAGGGUAAUUUUACUCUCUGUGAAUCAGAGAUCCGCCCAGUGCCUGCUACAUCAUGCUGCUGGUUGGACGGACUUGUUGCCAACCAUGUGGGCAUUCGGGUCAGCAGAGUCAGUGCAGAGCUUGAGGUGCAUUGCAUUCGGUCUAGGUUUAGGUGUGGAAUUGGUAUUUUGAUGAGUAUGAGUAUCGGUAUUCUUGACAUCACCGGUGGCAGAGACUACAACAGCGCGGUCGAAGCUUUUGAUGUGCGCCAGUUUGUGGAGUACAAUCACGAAGCUGGUCGCUUUGACAAGCUGCAAUGCAGCAAGACACUCUUUCGGGAGGACCGCGGCUUUUGCGUGGUGCGAGAAAAAGCGGCCUCUGCAUGCUGCUGCCACAAGGCAAGUCUGGUGGAGGCCACGAGGUGCUUGCCGGCACCGAAAGCGCCGAAGCAACAGACAGUGAUAGUGUCCCUCGGCCACCAGGACCGUCGUCAGCUGACGGCAAUGCCAAGACAAAGCUACAUGGAUGAGGACAAUAUGCCUAAAACACUCCGCUCGAUAGAUCCGGAAGCUGAAGACGACUUUGACACCUAUGACGACGAGACUGAGAUGGUUUGGACAUGGACCAGAGUCCAGGCCCAGAAGCAGUGGACGAGUCACUGCUCGAAGAACUCGUCGUCUGGUGCCUGCAUCGAAAUGACUUAUACUCGUCUUUGCCCUUAUGGAAAGGGCCUCUACGAGAAGAGGUUGUACACAGGAUCCACAUACAGAGAGAAGCCGCUGCCCAAACAGGAGCACUUCAACGAGCUUGAAUGGGUGGCUCCUAUGACUUACGAGUGCCCUAGGGGGACCUGGCGAAUCUAUGAUACUAACCUCAACAAAUCGGUGCUGCCAGCGGGCUUACCGAUGAAGACCGUGAAGCGCUGUGAUUGCAGUGCCCGUAAGUAG